GUCAACUCGGAUCUGUUCAUGACUUCCGCGCUUUUCAUCGCAUCUCAUACUACGACUGAUCAAGAGAGGGAGAGAGCGGGAUGGGGAAGCAUUCGAGCAAGAGGAGACAGAUCGGGGAACUCGCGGUGAUGGAGGCGACGAAGCCGAUGGGUGCGAGGACGAGGACGGCGAGAAGGCUGGCCCUCGCGGCGUUGGACGGCCGCCGGAGCUCGAAGAAGAGGAAAGCGACGGGAGAAUACCACCAGAUCUCCAACCUCGAGCUCCGAAGUUGCAGCGUCGUCCUGAAACCUCGGAUCGCUAGAUCCGCGGCGAAUUCCGGCGGCCGGCGAAAUUCAAGCCCUGAACUCAGUCUCAUCUCCCGGUCCUCCAGCGACGCCUCCUGUGAGGCAGCGGAGACGCCGUUUCGAUCAUCGGAGCUUGGCCAGGAAUUGGACGACGCGACCUUCUUCCGCUGCAAUGGAGAAAGGGAAGAGACGGCCGCCUCGAGUAACGACGGACAAGCGACGAGUGAUCUUGAAUCAACGGUGGAGAUGGGAUCGCGCAGAAGAUCGACGGCGAUUGCAACACCCUCCGUUGCCGAGCUGGAGGAGUUCUUCGCGGGGGCAGAGAGAGACCUGCGACGGCGAUUCGUCGAGAGGUACAACUUCGACGUCGUCAAGGACGUGCCAUUGGCCGGCCGCUACGAGUGGAUUCCGUUGACCCCGUGAACAGGGAGGAGAAGAAAAAAAGAGAGAGUGAGAGAGAGAGAAUAAAAAGGAAACCGUAUUCCUUCGUUAUCCAUCUCAUCAAUUCCCAUCCACCAUAUUUUCCUUAUUUUUCCCAUCCGUUACAUCUUGAUCAGACGGCUUUUGCGAUGCAAUUGCCGUUUUGUUAUUAUUUUUUGUCAUUGCUGUUAAUUAGUAAUUAUGUCUGUUUCUUCUCUUCGUAAACGAAAGUGUCGGUGAGGGAAAUCAUGAGGGUGAGGUUACCGCGGACGGGAUGGGAAGCUAUAACGACAAUUAAAAGAAAGCUCCAUCAUUUCCCACGCUGAUCCUGAUGCAUGGCAUGAUUGUUUCCAGGUGGCCUCCUCUCCUCCCAUGGAAACUUUGGAAGCGCACUUCACUGCAAAAGUCGAAGCGGUUUAAAACAGAAAGAUGAAGCCUUACUCUGCCUCUGUAAUGAUUUCUCACUCGCUCUCUCUCUCCAUUUUAUUUAAUGCAUCCGAGUUAGAAAGAGGAAUGUAUCUGUGAGUCUUUCAGACGAUGUUGGGAUUAGAAUAAGGUAGUGUGGGAUUGUUUUGGAUCCAGUGCACAUGUGAUCAUGUGAAGCUCUUCCGGAGAAGGAAUGUCGCCUUUCUAAGGCACCAUUUCCUUCGUUCCUGCUCA